GUAAGAGGGUAGCCCUCUCCCAGGCCCCGUUUUCCGCGUUUUAUUUUAUUUAAUUAUUUAUUUCCGUGUAAAACUGCAGUCUUGAUAUAAAAAAAACAUUGAUGGUCGAUAAUUCAGCCCUGCGUUGAGAGGGGCCCCGGGGAGAACCGCACAGGAUCGUAAAGUCCUAUCCGACGGCCGCGUCUCAUCUACCCGCCGACAUGGCUCGACCACGGCCUCGGGACUACAAGGCAGGAGAUCUGGUUUUCGCGAAGAUGAAAGGAUAUCCGCACUGGCCGGCGAGGAUUGAUGAGCUUCCAGAAGGAGCUGUCAAACCGCCCGCCAACAAAUACCCCAUCUUCUUCUUUGGGACCCAUGAAACUGCAUUCCUGGGCCCGAAGGAUCUCCUGCCUUACAAGGAGUAUAAAGACAAAUUUGGCAAGUCCAACAAGAGGAAAGGCUUCAACGAGGGCCUGUGGGAGAUCGAGAACAACCCUGGAGUCAAGUUCACAGGCUAUCAGGCCAUCCAGCAACAGUGUUCAUCGGAAACAGAGGAGGGGGGAAACGCCGCCGACGGCAGCAGCGAGGGCGAGGAGGGCGACUCUGUUGAGGAGGAAGACGACAAGGAAAAGCUGAAGGGGGACAAGACCGGAUCCAAACGGAAAAAGACAGCCACCUCCAAGCAGAAAUCCUCCAAGCUGUCGAGGGUCUCGUCUGUAGAGGACGACCUGGAGAAGGACGACAAAGAUGACGACCAGAAGAGCGGCUCAGAGGGAGGAGACCCCGACAACGACAUCAUCCAAAAUACCACCGACAAACCAGCUGCUCAUAGAAGAACAUUAAGUGAAGAAAGCAUGAAAUCAUUCCUUGUAGCUGUGAUGUUUGGAAAGAUGAAUCAACGUCAUGAUUUCUCAUCAGCACCACCCACUGGCUGCCAUCGUCACCUCCACUUCUCCGUCGGACUUCCAGUAUGUGUUUUGUGUUAAAGACGCACCCAUAAUGAUACUGGUGUCAUGGUGGUCAUCGUGUGGAUGCCAGGGUACAUUCGUAACAACAUUUUGUCAGCGCUAAAAACUUAAUGCCAAGGGUCGUGUCAGAAGUUUGUCAUCUUGAACUCUCUAAAAUAGACAGUUUAAGGUUUGUAUUUCACUUUCAUCCUGUGACUCUGAAUGCUUGUAAGUUUAUAUUGUGAAAUAAACGUGAAGUAUAGGAUAUCUAAAGGGGCAUUAAGUACUUGACUUGACCUUAAUGGUGGUCUUUUGGCAACAAUUAUGCAUUGUGAUAAUGUUAGUUGUGUUUAUAUGGAUCGCCCAAUCGGAGUAAUAUGUUGAAAUUAAAGGUGUACCCUUUCAUUACCUUAAAUGGCACUUAUUUGUUAGGCAAUUGUUGAGUGGUACGGGUGGCGAGUAGAACUAAAUCUGUAGCUUCACUGGAAAACAUAAAAUGUUACUUGUUUGCCUAUUUGUUGUUGUACAUGUACACUUCUUUGUGAUUAUUAUAUCUCACGGUCUACAUCAGCAAUUGGAGUUGUUGGCUAAAUUUUCCCAUAGGAAUAGACAGGAAAAUAUAUAAAGGAGUUCUGUAAUUUGGACAUUUUCAUACAGAAGGGAGAACAAUAUGUACAAGUCGCAAUGUAAGAUUACUAUGUGACAAUAAAUAAAAAGGGUUAGUUAGCUAAAACAUCAUGACCACCAGAGUUUAAAGACUUUAAAGGGGAAUGAGUCUGUUUUUCCAAAAACAGAAAUGUAUAGACUAACAAAAAAAAAGAAUCCCUUUCGAUUGUCACUUAGGACCCACCAGAAGUAUGAGACCCUGCCCCUCUGCCUGUAUUUUCUUAUUUUGCUUUGUUAGGAACACUACCAGCUGUCAACGUAGCGACCUGGUGCCAGAUCGUAAGCAUGCAUCCGAGAGGAUGCUGCGCAAGUGGCAGACAUGGCGUAAAUUCAGCAAGGUCGAAAUGCCAAGCGCACAAAUUUGUUCCAAAAGGAGACAUCCUUACCGCAUGCCAGCGGGCGGGGUUUCUGAUGGUGUAGAGCCGGGGAAGAGGGGCCAUCUUUGAAUGUCACUUACGUAGCGCCACAAACAAAUCCUACUCAUUCUGCACUUAAGUUAACGAGACGUUGAAUACUUUGUGACAAACCUACGACAGUAAAAGUCCAACAGUCAAUAACAAGCCAUUUACUUUAUGAAGGAAAGCUCGUACACAGGACGGGACAUGGUUGGCUUUUUCAAGUAAAGGGUCCGUAGUAGUAACCCACAGCCCCGUCACUCUCUAAAGUACAGCACAGUAGAUUACUUACUGCCUCUUUAAUUGGUGUUGAAAAGUGACUUGUUAUAUUUGUUCUGAAGGUAGUUUGUGAAUUCUGUUGAAAUAGAAAUACAGUAUCAGCGCAUCUCUACUCUGCAUGUGACAUGAUGUAAUACAAUCUAUCGUUACAUGUCAUAUUUAGGCCAGAUCAAACAGCGGGUUGGAGUGGCCCGUGUCCUUCUUCAUAACCAUACAGAGUGUAGAUAGCCAUCAAUCCGUAUUUAUACUGGCCCGUGCAUAACAUGUCUGUAUUGCAUCACUCACGAUCACCUGUCACUGUGUACAAAUGCAUUUUAAUAAGACCUCUAUGUAUACAUAUAUAUAUAUAUACUCUCCUACCAUCUAUGAUAUAUGUUGGGUAUUGCGUUGUACUGAUCAUUCUAGUUGUAGCUUAAAAUUGUUUUUUUACAGGGAUGAUUAUGGGAGGGAACUACGGAAUAUUCAGCAACUUUUCAAGCAUUAUCCAUCACCAUAUAUGUUACUCUUUUAUGUAACCAAAAAAAAAAGACGAAUGGAAAUACAUAGAUAAAUGUAUUGUGCACAACUGGGUUACACAUUGUAACUCGAAAAUGAACUAUAACUGUAUAUUUUAUUUUGCCGUAGAAUAUAGGACAAGUAUUCUACUCGGACUGCUCUAGGUCUCAUCUUUUUAUGGAAAAGUGAUACAUCCGUUCUUCUGUGUAUCUGUGGAAUAGAUCACUGUAUAUUUCAAAGCUUUUUUAUAGUGGCAUGCUCUACUGUUGUGCUCCAGGUCAUUCUUAGAUAAAAAAAAAGUGUCCAUUGGGUCUUAGCUUAAAAUCAGAUAUUUGUUGGUGUGCGAAGGACUUGUGGGGGAAAAACAAUACACAUUCCACUUUUCUUUCUGUUGCCUUGUUUUUUCCCACAUUUUGAGAGUCUACUACGAUUGAUUAAAGAUGACACCAGACUGCUCUGUCUUUUAACUCUGUGCCAGAUGCCUUUACUUUGCUUCCGCUAUUGUUAUCAUGACAUAUAUAUAGACCUAUUUAUAUUUUUGAUGAUAGUGGACACCACUUGUGUAUGUAAACUCAUGCUUUUCAUUUUUUUUUCUUUGUUAUGCUCGUAUUUGGAAUAUGUUUUGCAUUUUCAAGGUUUGUAAUUUACUGUAAACUGUUUUUUGCUGUUUAUGGACCAGACUUUUACAAAAUAAACUCAUUGGAAUGCAGAGUGAGGCUGCAAUUCUCAAUACACACUGCAAAAAAAGAAAUGUUACAUGGGUUUCUGGACAAACAGCCUACUGUUUUCCAUUUAAAAUAACCAUUACUAUAGAGCAGUGGUUCUCAACCUUUUUUCAGUGAUGUACCCCCUGUGAAAUAUUUUUUCAGCCAAGUACCCCCUAACCAGUGCAAAGCAUUUUUUGUUGAAAAAAAAUAUGUAAUACACAGCCUGUGCCAUCAGUGUCUGAUUUAUUAAACUGUCAACCCUGAACAUUGAACAUUGAACAUUGUUGCAUUGAACUGAGUGCUUUUGCAUUUACAUUUGAGUGAGAAACUUGUGCUUGUGCUUCACUG